GUUGACCGAGGGUUCAACAGGGGGCAGUCACACUCCACCAGGCGCUUUCAGCUGCCAGUGUCUAAGAAGAAGAAGAAGAGGAAGACGGGCGGUCUUGUUUUUAUCGAUACUCGCACGCAGCGUCGCUGCUGUGAAAAUGCGCAUCGAAAAAUGUUAUUUCUGUUCGGGACCUGUGUAUCCCGGGCAUGGGGUGAUGUUUGUACGAAACGACUGCAAGUCAUUCAGAUUCUGCAGAUCAAAAUGCCACAAGAACUUCAAGAAGAAGCGUAACCCAAGAAAAACCAGAUGGACCAAAGCAUUCAGAAAGGCAUCAGGAAAGGAAUUGACAGUGGACAACGCCUUGGAGUUUGAGAAACGUAGAAAUAUACCUGUUAAAUAUAACCGGAAUCUGUGGGACAAGACAGUGGAAGCAAUGAAGAGGGUUGAAGAAAUCAAACAGAAACGACAGGCGAGAUUUAUCAUGAACAGAUUAAAGAAGGGCAAACAGUUGGAGAAGGAAGAGGCCAUCACGGAAGUGAAGAAAAAUAUUCACCUUAUCAAAGCACCACAUGCAGGAAAAGCCAAACAAUUGGAAGCCAAAAUGGUGCAGAAGUUACAAGAGGACGUGGACAUGGGAGAUGAUAACUAAUCUUAUACCCAAGGAGUUUUGUUUGUGUGAUGACUUCCUCAAGCAAGUUUGCCUCGUACUAUCUUGUACUACUGCUUUGGAAUAAAAUAUCCAAAUGGCUGAUGAUGGACACAGUAAUGCAUUCAGUUUUGAAUAGCUGUAUGAGGACUAAAAGCAUUGAUCUAAUAAAGAUCUCCCUCCAAGCAGCAGCGAUCAUCCACAUAACUCCCAGCAAUUUUUUUCCUGUGU